AUGGAGACUCUCAAUGGAAACCAAAGCUUGACGAUUGUCAUAAAAUUAGGAACGAGUUCGAUUGUGGAUGAGCGCACACAUGAGCCAAUUUUGUCUAUAUUGUCCUUGAUUGUUGAAACGGUAGCAAAACUUCGCAAGAAUGGCCAUAGAGUCAUUUUGGUUUCUUCGGGUGCCAUUGGAGUCGGAUUGCGCAGAAUGGAUAUUGAUGAGAGGCCGAAGCAUUUGCCUCGUAUACAAGCUCUUGCUGCUGUCGGUCAAUGCCGGCUUAUGAGUUUGUGGGAUAGCCUUUUUGGGCACCUCCGAAUUCCUGUUGCUCAAAUUCUUCUUACUCGAAGUGACAUUGCAGAUCGCACACAAUAUACUAACGCACAAAACACCUUCUCCGAGCUGCUAGACAUGGGCGUUCUGCCCGUUGUCAAUGAGAACGACACUCUGGCUGUUGCGGAAAUUAAAUUUGGAGAUAACGAUACCCUCUCAGCUAUAACAGCAGCUAUGGUCAAAGCCGAUUAUCUCUUUUUGAUGACUGAUGUGGACUGUCUAUAUACUGCCAACCCGAGACAUGACCCCAAUGCACAGCCUAUUGAGGUGGUUUCUGAUAUAUCGUCACUCGAAGCUGACGUGUCGACAUCAGGCUCGUCUCUAGGCACCGGAGGCAUGGGCACAAAGAUUGUUGCUGCUCGUCUUGCUACUAGUGCCGGUGUGACGACCAUCAUCACUAAGAGCUCAAAACCUGGAAAUGUGCAUGAUAUUGUAAAAUAUUUGCAAGAAUCUCAAACUGGCUUGUCUGUUUCCGAAACAACAAGUCAAUCCGAUCCUGCACAGCAAUCUACCAUCAAAUCGACUUCUAGCCUGCCGUUACCUCCGUUACAUACUCGAUUCAUUCCCUCCGCUACGCCAAUUCAGUCACGCUCAUUCUGGGUCCUACAUGGCCUCGCUCCUCAUGGAAGUCUCUAUAUCGAUCAAGGCGCAUUUAGCGCUUUACAAAAGAAAGCCAGUCUUCUGCCCGCAGGCGUCCUUGCCGUUGAAGGACACUUCGGCCAACAGGAAGCAGUACGCCUGUUUGUUGUGGAGAAGCGGUCGCACAUCGAUGGCGAUUUUAUGUCUCAUGCAGAAGAGCCCAGAGAGGUUGGCCGGGCCAUCGUGAACUAUGGCAGCCUUGAGAUUGAUCGGAUCAAGGGUGUGCGCAGUACUCAUAUCUAUGCUGUUCUCGGAUAUGCAGAUAGCGAGUAUGUAGCUCUGCGUGAGAAUAUUUCUUUCUUCCCGAAGGAAGUACCGAGCGGUGCUGCCACUCCCAGUCUCCGGUAG